AUGACCACAGACAUUCAGGGCGAUGUUUGUGUCGACUGUCAAGAGCGUCCCGCCAGCCUGGAUAUCAGACACCGGCGCCUAUGUGCUACAUGUUUCAUCCGAUAUGUAAACUCCAAAAUCCUCAAACGAAUGGAGUCGUAUCGCUUCAAAAAUCUUGCGGGAGAUCAAAAGCGCCGGCUCUUUCUCCCAAUCUCUGGCGGCGUCUCUUCUCUUGUUCUGUUACAAGUGCUUGAUGCUCAACUGCGCAAGCAAAUGGAGAAUCGCAGUCGAACUGCUUACGACCUCAUCAUCGCUCGGGUCGUACUGCCUGACAUCGAGACUCGGGCUGAGGUCGAGGAGCACUAUCAGGCAGUCCGCAGCAGGUUUCCUUUGCACGACUUUCUCCCACUCUUCUAUCUCCAUGAUGUCUUCCGCUUGGACGAGAAAAUUGACCGAUCCCUCACGCAUCUCGGGAUUGAUCGUCACGAAGGCGAAGAAAAUGAGACGUUUUUGCACCGCGUGCUCUCCUCUUCUACAUCCGUGACCGCACGAGCAGACUUGAUAUCAAUCCUUCUCCGGAGACUACUGGUCUCAAUUGCCAAACAACAAAGCUGCGAGGCUGUGCUGUGGGGCCAUUCAGAUAGUCGUUUGGCAGCGCUGGCACUGGCAGAUGUUGCUAAAGGUAGAGGUGGGUCAGUCUCCUCAACCAUUGCCGACGGACCGUCCGUGUAUGGGGUCAAUUUUAACUAUCCCUCGCGUGACCUGUUCAAGGUUGAGCUUCAGACUUAUUCACAAGUCUUGUCAAACCCUUUGGUGGUAGAGUCGAUGGAUGAAAUGACAGAUCGUCAACCUUCAACCAUUCGCAAUACCUCGAUUGACGACCUCCUCAGCAACUACAUCAUCGGUCAGGGAGUAAAAUACCCUGGUAUAAUGGCAAACGUGGUGCGAACAGCGAGUAAACUCCAAGUUAAGACCGCUAACCACGAGACAAACACUUGCCCAGUUUGCGGAAUGCCGGCAAUAACAGAUCACGAGAGCUCAUUGGGAAAUACUGUUCUUUGCUACGGAUGUGCGAGGGUGAAGCAGGAUAUUAAACCUCAAGAUUCCCCCGGACAUGGAGGCUCGUGA